CCUUGGCGGCCACUAGGUGGCACUAACAAUUUGCCCAUAGAGUAGUUGGAAACGAAGUUCUAAUUUCAUUUCCAUUUCUCUCCACCUGAUUGGGCUAAGAGAAAGACAAGUCUUUUAUUAUCUCUUCAAAAGGCUUAUUAUUUAUACCUAAUUGCCAUUCAGAUUCUCAACUCAAAACUGCGAAAUGUCAAGCUAGAUUAUUGAGGGUCACUUGUAAUCUCAGAAUCUGCUUUUGUGUUACCAAAACCCCAAUUUUGAUGGAGCUGGAAUGAAUAUUCUUUGAAUUUUAAGCUUGCCUCUUUCAAUGGCUGCCUCUGUGUCACCAUUUUCCCUCCCUUUUAGAAAUACCCAUCUCAGAGCCUUGCCUAACCGUUUGAAUACUAGUCCUUAUCCUUCUAUUUCCCAUGACAAACAAGCUCUUUUCAAGUCCAAGCCAUUCUUGGCAUUUCAAACUGUGGAUCUUCCUGGCUAUCGUAUUUUCUCGUCUGCUCCUUUCGCUUUAGCUAGAUCUUCUUCACUUAGGUUUCUUGAUCCUGCAGAUGAUGAAGAAAUAUUGCCGUCCUUUGAGGAAAGGCCAGCCAAAUUUAUGUUUUGGGUUGUGUUUUGGGCUUCUCUUUCUCUUGCUUGGUUUGCAGCUUCUGGGGAUGCUAAUGCAGCUGUCAAUUCCAUCAAAGCCUCCAGCUUUGGGCUAAAGAUUGGCAGCGCUCUUCGAGGUUCGGGUUGGCCUGAUGAAGCUGUGGUGUUUGCUCUUGCUACGCUUCCAGUGCUUGAGCUCCGUGGAGCUAUUCCUGUUGGUUAUUGGAUGCAACUUAAGCCUCUAACGCUAACUGUCUUAUCGAUUAUUGGGAACAUGGUUCCUGUGCCUUUCAUUAUACUUUAUUUGAAGAGAUUUGCUUCUUUCCUUGCUGGAAAGAACCAGUCGGCAUCUCGAUUCCUUGACAUGCUGUUUGAGAAUGCCAAAAAGAAGGCUGGUCCUGUGGAAGAGUUUCAGUGGCUUGGCUUGAUGCUUUUUGUUGCCGUCCCUUUCCCUGGUACUGGAGCAUGGACCGGAGCCAUCAUUGCUUCUAUUCUUGAUAUGCCAUUCUGGCCAGCUGUAUCAGCAAAUUUUGUUGGUGUUGUAUUGGCUGGGCUGCUGGUCAAUUUAUUGGUGAACCUUGGUCUCAAGUAUGCAAUUGUUACUGGUAUUAUCCUCUUCCUGAUAUCCAUGUUUAUGUGGAGUAUCCUUCGGAAUAUUAGGAAGUCUUUGAGCUCCUCAAACUGAUAUUUAGGUGGUGGAUUAGACUAAAUAUCCCUCUGAUGAGCAGUAAACCAACAAUCUAUAAUUUUCCAAUUUGUAUAUUCAGUCACUUGGGAGUUGGUAGCAGUUUAUUCCUUGUUGCAACCUUUGAUUUUAUGUAGGAAGUUGGUUUUCACUUUUCGCUGACUGUGCUGCAAAAAAUCUACAUAUUCUUGAGGGAAAUCUUGUUCUUUGGGAACUGUUCAGUGAGAAUUUGAUCCUCUCAAAACUGAGGAAAAAUAUGAAGUUCAUCAAAUCUCAGGGAGAUUGUGGUUUUCUUGAGGUUAUGAAUGAUUCCGGUUUUCC